ACCGCCGCCGGACUUUAAGGACGCGCAAACGCCGCGUGGACACACACUGUCCACUGCGAGGGGCGUGCAAUAGCCGCCCUCAGCCUCCGUGCCGGCCCAGGACCGCUCGCGGCCGCGCCGCGCCCAACCCAACGCGGCUGAGACCAGCGGGUCCUGUUCCAGCGCGCGCGGACGCCAUGGCCGCGAUGAACAUGGAGGAGCGCAUGGCGUUGAUGGGCAUUGGUGAUUUAUCAGAUCAAAUAAAACCGUCAGCGUGCUACGGCCUCAACAUAAGUGCACAAAAACCGAUCGUCAACUUGUUCCAGGGCGACGAGCGGCUCGUGUGCCAGUCGGCGGAAGACGAGCAGAUGAUCAUCAACAUCCCGUUCAGUGAAGCGGUCAUGAUCCACAGCAUCAACAUCAGCGCCAUGGAGGGCGAGGAGGCGCCGGAAGACGUUAAACUUUUUACGAACAUGCCUUCGCUCGGGUUUAGCGAUUGCGACGACGGGCCCUGCGCGGCGAAGUUGACGUUGACGGCGGAAGAUUUACUCGCAGAUAGAGUGUGUGAACUGAAGAUGGCCAAGUUCAACUACGUGAAUGUUCUCUCCAUCUUCGUCGACACGAAUCAGGGUGGAGAUGUUACUUCGAUAAGCUCGAUCAAGAUCAACGGCAAGACGCGCGAAUCGACGAACAUGGCGAACUUCAAGAAGGUCGGCUGAGGCUAGGCGGCUGGCGGCCGCUUUUUCUGAUUGACUGCUGGAUUCGCGUCUCCGUGACGGCCGCACUACUCUCCUAUUGUAGUGGGGCUUGAUGACGUGAUUCUGGCAGGACCCCCUCCCCGUUUUAUAACAGCAGCUAUUAUUGUG